AUGAAGGAGAUGCCUGGGUAUGCAAAAAUGAUGAAGGACUUGAUGUCCCGAAAAUUCGAUUUCCAAGACUUGUCCAUAGUGACUCUUACUCAGACAUGCAGUGCUGUGGUGACUAGACCAGUUGCUGAGAAGCUGUCUGACCUAGGGAAUUUCACAAUUCCCUGCACCAUUGGUAACUUUGUUUUUGCUAAAGCACCUUUUGAUUUGGGGGCUAGCAUAAAUCUUAUGCCACUGGCGAUCUAUAAGAGGUUGGGGAUUGGAAGAUCUAGACCCACUUCUAUGUUAUUGCAACUGGCUGACAGGACCGUAAAAAAACCCUCUGGUAUCUUGGAUGAUGUGUUGAUUCAGCCACGGGGAGAGCUCUCAUUGAUUGUGAAACUGGGAGCUGAAGAUGAGGUUGAACGAUGA